AUGGAGACACCUGGAAGCACCAAUGUGUCGUAUCAAUCAGUGCGAUGUGAAAACACACACAAAUGCACGCUCAGACACUCGUGCGCAUGUGUGUUUUCACAUCGCAAUGAUUUGAAAAUAUAAAAAUACACUGACUCAAAUAAACUCAGCAAAAAAAGAAACGUCCCUUUUUCAGGACCCUGUCUUUCAAAGAUAAUUCAUAAAAUUCCAAAUAACUUCACAGAUCUUCAUUGUAAAGGGUUUAAACAUUGUUUCCCAUGCUUGUUAAAUGAACCAUAAACAAUUAAUGAACAUGCACCUGUGGAACGGUCGUUAAGACACUAACAGCUUACAGAUGGUUGUCACGUUCGUUCAUGAACGGGUCAGACCAAGGCGCAGCGUGAUAUGCAUACAUGUUUAUUUGACUAUUAAACACAACGACAAAACAAGAAACGAAACGUGAAGUCCAAGGUACACAAACAACAUACCUAACACGGAACAAGAUCCCACAACCCACUAGUGCAAAUAGACUGCCUAAGUAUGGUCCCCAAUCAGAGACAACGAGCGACAGCUGCCUCUGAUUGGGAACCACACCGGCCAACAUAGAAAUACCCAUACUAGAACCUAUACAACAUAGACAAUGACAACAUAGAAAAUCACACCCUGACUCAACAAUUAAGAGUCCCCAGAGUCAGGGCGUUACAGUACCCCCCCCCCCCCCCCCCCAAAGGUGCGGACUCCGACCACACAACCUUUACUUAACAGGGUAGGGGCCGGGUGGGCAUUCCGCCUCGGAGGCGGAUCCGGCUCCGGGCAUGACCACCACCUAUUCUCCGCCUCCCUGUUGUGCCCCUGGUCUGGUCUGGACCUCGGCGCGCUGCUUCCCCUCUCCUUCCUCCCACUAUACUCCAAGCCCUGUCUGGACCCUGGUGUGGGAGACCCCGAACCUGGAGAGGGGCUGACGUCUGGGUCUGGACUGGAGCCGCUGACCGGAGCUGGACCGGGCACCGGUGGAGCGGACUACUCAGGCUCCGGACUGGAGCCGCUGACCGGAGCUGGACUGGGCACCGGUGGAGUGGACUGCUCUGGCUCCGGAGUGGAGCCGCUGACCGGAUCUGGACUGGACCCCGGUGGAGCGGACUGCUCUGGCUCCAGAGUGGAGACGCUUACCGGAGCUGGAUCAGGCACCGGUGGAGCGGACUGCUCUGGCUCCGGAGUGGAGCCGCUGACCGGAGCUGGACUGGACCCCGGUGGAGUGGACUACUCUGGCUCCGGAGUGGAGCCGCUGACCGGAGCUGGAUCAGGCACCGGUGGAGCGGACUGCUCUGGCUCCGGACUGGAGCUGCUGACUGGUGCGGGACCAGGCACCGGUGGAACGGGCACGGGUCGUGCCGGACUGGACACACUCACCACUGGUCUGGUGCGAGGAGCAGGCACGGGCCGAACCGGACUAGGAACAUGCACCACUGGCUUGGUGCGAGGAGCAGAAACAGGCCGGGCCGGGCUGGUGACGCGCACCACUAGCUUGGUGCGAGGGGCAGGAACAGACCGGACCGGGCUGGCGACGCGCACCACUGGCUUGGUGCGAGGGGCAGGAACUGGCCGGGCCGGGCUGGUGACGCGCACCACUAGCUUGGUGCGAGGGGCAGGAACAGACCGGACCGGGCUGGCGACGCGCACCACUGACUUGGUGCGAGGGGCAGGAACAGGCCGGGCUGGCGACGCGCACCACUGGCUUGGUGCGAGGGGCAGGAACAGGCCGGGCCGGACUGGCGACGCGCACCACUGACUUGGUGCGAGGGACAGGAACAGGCCGGGCAGGGCUGGCGACGCGCACCACUGGCUUGGUGCGAGGGGCAGGAACAGGCCGGGCCGGGCUUGCGUCGCGCACCACUGGCUUGGUGCGAGGGGCAGGAACAGGCCGGGCUGGUGACGCGCACCACUGGCUUGGUGCGAGGGACAGGAACAGGCCGGACCGGGAUGGCGACGCGCACCACUGGCUUGGUGCGAGGGGCAGGAACAGACCGGGCCGGGCUAGCGACGCGCACCACUGGCUUGGUGCGAGGGUCAGGAACAGGCCGGGCCGGGCUGGCGACGCGCACCACUGGCUUGGUGCGAGGGGCAGGAACAGGCCGGGCUUGUGAUGCGCACCACUGGCUUGGUGCGAGGGGCAGGAACAGGCCGGGCCGGGCUGGCGACGCACACCACUGGCUUGGUGCGAGGGGCAGGAACAGGCCGGGCCGGGCUUGCGACGCGCACCACUGGCUUGGUGCGAGGAGCAGGAACAGGCCGGGCCGGUUUGGCGACGCGCACCACUGGCUUGGUGCGAGGGACAGGAACAGGCCGGGCCGGGCUGGCGAUGCGCACCACUGCCUUGGUGCGAGGGACAGGAACAGGCCGGACCGGGCUGGCGACGCGCACCACUGGCUUGGUGCGAGGGGCAGGAACAGACCGGGCUGGGCUGGCGACGCGCACCACUGGCUUGGUGCGAGGAGCAGGUACAGGCCGGGCCGGACUGGCGACUAUUAACCCCCGCUCCUUCUGCUGCCUAACCAGCUCCUCUCGCCGUGCCUCUACACUUUCCUUCUCCCUUUUAGCCUCCUGUAGCGCCUCCCUCUGACCGAAACGCGUCGUCGUCGUCAUCCUCCGACUCCUCAGUAUAAUACUGUUCCCACUCCUCUUCCCAUGGUCGUGGGGACCCAAACUUGAAACCAACCGGGUGCAGUGGUCGGGGCUCUUCUCUCUCGCUCCCCGACCACCCCUUUAGCCCCCCCAAACGUUUUUAUUGGGGCUGCUUCUCGGGCUUCCUCCUCAGCCGGCUUCCGUGUUGCCGCUGCUCCUCUCCUGCCUGGGCUUCCUUCUUCGCCCAGGGUCCUUUUCCCGCAAAUAUCUCCUCCCUUGACCACCAUUUGCCCACCUGUGACAUGGCUAUUCACUCUUCCUGGGCACGCUGCUUGGUCCUCGUUUGGUGGGAUCUUUUGUCACGACCGUUCAUGAACGGGUCAGACCAAGGCGCAGCGUGAUAUGCAUACAUGUUUAUUUGACUAUUAAACACAAUGACAAAACAAGAAACGAAACGUGAAGUCCAAGGUACACAAACAACAUACCUAACACGGAACAAGAUCCCACAACCCACUAGUGCCAAUAGGCUGCCUAAGUAUGGUCCCCAAUCAGAGACAACGAGCGACAGCUGCCUCUGAUUGGGAACCACACCGGCCAACAUAGAAAUACCCAUACAAGAACCUAUAACAUAGAACAACACAACAUAGAAAAUCACACCCUGACUCAACAAGGGCGUGACAGUGGGGUAACAUCUCACAGCAAGAACUGGUAAAUCUGGUGCAGUCCAUGAGGCGGAGAUGCACUGCAGUACUUAAUGGAGCUGGUGGCCACACCAGAUACUGACUGUUACUUUUGAUUUUGACCCCCCCUUUGUUCAGGGACACAUUAUUCAAUUUCUGUUAGUCACAUGUCUGUGGAACUUGUUCAGUUUAUGUCUCAGUUGUUGAAUGUUGUUAUGUUCAUACAAAUAUUUACACAUGUUAAGUUUGCUGAAAAUAAACGCAGUUAACAGUGAGAGGAUGUUUCUUUUUUGCUGAGUUUACAUUCAAAUAGUAGGCUAUUUCAAAUCAAAUCAAAUCAAAUCCAAAUGUAUUUGCCACAUGCACCGAAUACAGCAGGUGUAGACAUUACAGUGAAAUGAUUACUUACAAGCCCUUAACCAACAAUGCAGUAAAAAAAAAAAAAAAAAAGGAAAAAGGAAAAGUGUUAAUUAAAGAAAAAUAUAAAAUAAAAGCAAAUAGCUAAAGAGCAGCAGUAAAAUAAAAAUAACAGUAGGGAGGCUAUAUACAGGGGGGUAUCGGUACAGAGUCAAUGUGCGGGGGCACCCACCGGCUAGUCGAGGUAAUUGAGGUUAUAUGUACAUGUGGGUAGAGUUAAAGGGAAAUAAUUUGAGAAUACUUUCAAAUACUUCCAACAGAAGUAGUUGAUUCCAGCCAAAUACUCAAAUACACAGAAAAUAACUAUUUCAUAACAAAUACUCAAAUACACAUGUAUUUUUAACCCAGGUCUGACACACACACACACACUAGUUUCCAGGGCAUAUCAGACCUGUGUGCAUAGAUAAUCACAGCCACGUGUGUUCCUCGGCCAAACACUGAUAGCGACAGCUGGCACUAGCUCUUCCCCCUUACCCAGCGGCCCACCCAGUCACACACUGCUCCUCACCCCCAAACUCACCGCUGCCAGCAGUUGACCACCCGUUGAGGGAGUAGAGAGACAGCACCGGAGAGCACAGAAUCAAAAUCCCAUUGGAGAAUAAUAGUUACCAUGGGUGCACGCAAUAGCGUUCCGCCAUUUGAGUGAACCACCGUUAAAACAAAGCACACAUGAGAGAAUCUCAAGAAAACCCUGACUGCUGAUUAAAAAGAACUGGGAGUUUAUUUAUCUCAUGGUUUGACAGGCAUAAAACCCUUUGAAGGAAGGAGAGACCCUCUAUGGGGGCAGCACAUCCCUCUCUAUGGGGGAACGCAUCGUGGCAUGCAUCACAGUGGGUUCACCAGAAGAUGAAUUGGCAGCUGUGUGAGAGUAGAGACUAGCUGCAGGCUACGCCAUGCCCGGGGGACUCUGUUCUAAUUGUGUUCAACAUUAAGGAGCAGUAUAGGCCUCCCAGGCCCUGUGCGUGUGCAGUCAAUCUUAGAGAAAAUAACACUGACACAUGGAGAUAAUAUCAAUUACAUCUACGGUGGAAAGUGACACAUUUAUUACAAUUGAUAUAGGAGUAUGUAGGAGUACAGUAGAUGACUGGUCACCCCUCUGAGCCUGGUUCCUCUCUAGUGGAGCUAUAGGAGUAUAGUAGAGGACUGGUCACCCCUCUGAGCCUGGUUCCUCUCUAGUGGAGCUAUAGGAGUAUAAUAGAGGACUGGUCACCCCCCUGAGCCUGGUUCCUCUCUAGUGGAGCUAUAGGAGUAUAAUGGAGGACUGGUCACCCCUCUGAGCCUGGUUCCUCUCUAGUGGAGCUAUAGGAGUAUAAUAGAGGACUGGUCACCCCUCUGAGCCUGGUUCCUCUCUAGUGGAGCUAUAGGAGUAUAAUGGAGGACUGGUCACCCCUCUGAGCCUGGUUCCUCUCUAGUGGAGCUAUAGGAGUAUAAUGGAGGACUGGUCACCCCUCUGAGCCUGGUUCCUCUCUAGUGGAGCUAUAGGAGUAUAGUAGAGGACUGGUCACCCCUCUGAGCCUGGUUCCUCUCUAGUGGAGCUAUAGGAGUAUAAUAGAGGACUGGUCACCCCUCUGAGCCUGGUUCCUCUCUAGUGGAGCUAUAGGAGUAUAAUAGAGGACUGGUCACCCCCCUGAGCCUGGUUCCUCUCUAGUGGAGCUAUAGGAGUAUAAUGGAGGACUGGUCACCCCUCUGAGCCUGGUUCCUCUCUAGUGGAGCUAUAGGAGUAUAAUGGAGGACUGGUCACCCCUCUGAGCCUGGUUCCUCUCUAGUGGAGCUAUAGGAGUAUAAUGGAGGACUGGUCACCCCCCUGAGCCUGGUUCCUCUCUAGUGGAGCUAUAGGAGUAUAAUAGAGGACUGGUCACCCCUCUGAGCCUGGUUCCUCUCUAGCUUUCUUACAAGGUUCCUUUUUUUAGGGAGUUUUUCCUAGUCACUGUGCUUCUUCUUCUGCAUUGCUUGUUCUUUCGGGUUUUCAGCUGGGUAUCUGUAAAGCACUUUGUUACAACUCCUGGUGUAAAAAGGGCCUUAUAAAAUAACAUUGAAUUUGAUUAAUUGAGUUGAGUUAGGAGGGGAGUAAUUGUGACUGUGAAGGAAAUACAUGGGAUAAUUAACCUUUAGGAGUUAAGUACCGGGUUAGAAUGAAUGGUCUUAUAGGCAAGCACUGUGGAUGGAUGGUCCUAGGCUAGGGUUGUGGAUGGAUGGAGUUGGCCUUUAGGGUUGAUAGAUCAGAUGGCAGAGACAAUAAUGUCUGAUAGGAUGUUGCAGCAAGUUACUAUACUAGUAAGGGGAGUGUGAUCCAAACUGGGUGGAGACUUUACUCUACUAUGAUUCUACUAUAACCCUAACCCUAUCAACAAUGGAAUCUGAAUUGAUAGCAUAAUAUCUGUAAAUUAGAUUUUUUAUCAUUACAUUUUCAUAGUGCUCAUAGUUUACAGGACCUAGUUUAUUUUCUGUGGUGGUUUUUGAAGUGGUAUGCAUUACUGAGCGUGACUGUAUUAUAUCAGUUUGGGAUAGUUUCCCAUGAGACACCAGCUAAUUGACAGAGUUGUAUCACAUCUAUCCCCGGGCCCCUCACUUAACAUGCAGGGUGCAUUUUGGGUAGGAGGAGCACUUCCUGUCCCCGUUACCCCUUCUCCUGACACCCCCCUGAUAUUACACAGUCUCUUUAAAUUCCACUUUUAAACAAUAGAAUAAUAUGAAUAUUCAGAAAGGGGGGGAGAGACCUAUUCCUGAGAAAUUAAGUUACCUGAAUGGUGUAAUGUGAUAGUGAUCUUUUACAGUGAAGCCCCUCAAAGAGCCUCAGAUCAUUGUGAUGGAACUGUAUAUGAGUCAUAUACAUGAGUACAUCUGGGGGUGUCUAUGAUUCUGUUAUCAUUAGACCCUUUUCUCUACUUAAAUAGCUUAAAAGACACUCCCAAUCUUUAAUGACGUUACAAGGCUCUACUCAAUCAUGACUGGAUGGGGACCACAUAUCUGGAAUACAUUUUUGAUGUUGAGAAAAUAUAAUUUUUUCCCAGCACAACAACAAUGCAUGUUUCAUUGAAAUGCAGUGGAUUUUCUUUUUGUUUCAGCCACUAUACAUCGUUUUGUUGACUAUCCAGAAAACCACAUGACCUAAUUUGAUUUGGACAGGGCCUUGGACACUCGAUCAUCCACUUAAGAGACAGAAGUGUGAAAUAGCACCUUUCUCUUUCCUCUCCAGGGAAGCUGUGGCGCAGGAGAACGGUGCUCCAGGUUCCCCAGGGUGAUGGGAGACCCUGCCCCCUUCAGAGGGAACAGUGGAAGCCUUGCCCCGUCAGACCCUGCUACCAAUGGAGAUACAGCCCCUGGUCAGAGUGCAAGUCUGAG